AUGCCGGCUCCCAUGGAACCUUGUUACGGCGGCAGUACUGGAGGUUCCGAUGAUCUCAGCGCACUCUUGGCGCUCGCGCGAGUUCUCGAGAGCAAUCAGAACCAGAACCAAUAUCCACACAAACAAGAACCUCAACCACAACCGUGUUCCUGUUCUAAUAAUAAUGACAUAAAUACAGGAGACAUUAUCAGUAAGCUGAUUGAUGCUUUAGUUAAUGCUGUUACGCAUAGUACUCAUAGUUGUGGAAGAAAUAAUGGUAGUGGGAGUUCAUCAACAUCGUCAACCACCACUGGAAGUUCCUCUUCAGGUAGCGAGGGCCUCGUGCCUGGCCUACUUGGUGGAUUACUUGGUAGCAACGGUCAAGGUGGUUCUUCUAAUAAUAACGGUGCUGUCGUUAAUUUACUUCAGGGCCUGUUGGGUGGUGGGAGCGGUGGAAACGAAGGCGUAGUUGUUGACUUACUUAAGUCUUUGCUAGGUAGCAGUGGUUCUAACCAAGGGGUUGUACCGGGCUUAUUAGGCGGCUUAGUUGGCUCUGCUCCUGGUGGAAAUGACAAGGGGUCAUCUGAUGGUAACACGAAUAGUGGGCUAGUGGGAGGUUUGUUGGGGGGUGACAAUGGCGGACUGGUGAGUGGACUUGUCGGAGGCAAUACUGGUAGUGUAGGUAACGGCUUGACGGGCGAUGGUUCACCUGUAGGAGGGCUAGUCGGGGGCAGCUCAUCUUCAGACGCCAGCAGCGGAGCCUCGAACGCCGCCAAUUCUGGUGGACUGCUUAACUCAGUAUUAUAA